AUCUCAAACUCAACAAGAUGUUCGUUAUUAUAUUUCUUGCAUUGGUGCUGUUUCUAAUAUACAAGUGCAUCACCAAAAAUUUCGAUUAUUGGAAGAAAAGAGGAAUCCCUUAUCUCGAGCCGAGUUUCCCAUUCGGAAACGUUUUUCCUUGUGUGAUAUUCAAGAAAUCUUACUCGCACUUAUUGGCGCAAUUCUAUAAUUCUUCCAAAGAAUCCUUAGUCGGCUACUGGAUCUUCAACAUCCCGUUUUUGAUGAUCAGAAGCCCUGAACUGAUCAAAAAUAUAAUGGUCAAAGACUUUGAUCACUUCAAUGAACGCGCUUCAUCCAACAACAAAGUUAAAACGUUUUUCAGCGACACGCUUUUCUCUUUGGAUUACCACGACUGGAAACUUCUGAGGACGAAACUCUCACCAUCAUUCACAACGUCGAAGAUGAAGAACGUCAUGCACAUCUUCAAUAAAUCUUCGAAAGAAAUGAUCGAAUAUUUGGAUGAAGUUUCUGGAGAUGCUGUCGAUUGUAAGCAGAUUUCGAGUCUGUUGACGGCGAACGUUUUCGCAGCUAGCACAUUCGGUUAUAAAAUAAAUUGCUUUAAAGAUGUUGACAACGAGUUCUUCGUUUAUUCGAAGAAGAUAAUGGUCCCGACUGUUGCAAAUUUAGUUAGAUUUAUAGCUUUCUUCGUUGUGCCCGAAAUGGCGGAUUUCUUCAGAAUCAAAUUGUUCAAGCAGAGCGUUUUGGACUUUUUCAGGCAUCACUUCAGAAAUGUUCUGCGGGUACGAGAAGAAUCCGGGGAGAAGUGUAACGAUUUCAUUGAUGGUUACGUCCAGUUGAAGAAGGAAGGAAAUUUGGGUGAUGGUUUCAUUUUCGAUGAAGACAGGCUGGCGGCUCAAGCUAUACAAUUCUUCUUGGCCGGUUUCGAAACUACCAGCUCUUUGAUUUCAUUCACUCUCUACGAAUUAGCCAUGAACGAAGACAUUCAGAGCAAGUUACGAAAUGAAAUAACCGAUGCUUUAGCUCUUGAAGAUGAUGGCGACUUCAGUUACGAGAAUAUCAUGGAUCUAAGCUACUUCAACAAAGUUAUGUCAGAAUCGUUAAGGAAAUAUCCAACACUUCCCCUCAUAGACAGAAAGUGCGUCAAGGAUUACCGAAUCCCAGGAACCGAUAUUAUUAUAGAAAAAGAAACCAGAUGCCAAAUCGGCAUUCUCGGAUUACACAAUGAUCCUGAAUUCUAUCCAAAUCCUGAAACUUUUGAUCCUGAAAGAUUCUCACCUGAAAACGUAAAAACUCGUCCUUCGCACGUCUACAUUCCAUUUGGACAUGGACCUCAUAAUUGUAUAGGAAAAAGAUUUGGUUUGUUGACUGCAAAAACUUGCAUCGCCCAAACCUUAACGAAAUUCCGGAUUUUACCCACUGAAAGCACACCGAAACGUAUCGAAAUCGACAGCAAAGAGUUUCUGAUCAAACCCAAGGAUGUUUUCUUAAAAUUUGAAAAGCUAUAGUCUGGCUGUCUCUGUGUAGUGAAGACAAACGGGAUUACUAACAGUUCUUUAUUUACAAAAUCUGCAAAAAGUUUGAAGAAAUACGUUUAGCUACAAUAAGUGAGAUCAUUAAGUUAUCUGGAUAAAUAUUGUCAAGAUUGUAUACAACUUAUUCGAUAGAAAAUGAUUGAGAUUAUGAAAAAAGCGGAGAUUUAAGAACUGAUGAAGUGAAUUCGUUCUGGCUAAUAAAAAAAUCUUUGUAUGCAAAGUUAGAAAUUUUAAUCAA